AUGCGGCACCGCGGCGCAGAGAGGCGGCGUGGCAUAAGUAGGUUCGGGUUCCUUGGGGCCAGGCCCAUUCCGCCGCCGGUGGGCCAUUUGAAUAUGCAUGCGAAUCUGAAGGGCUCGGUGAGGGUGCAGGCUGGGCGGAUGGGCCUGGCCGGCUGCCCGCCGCGCAUCUCGAAGACCCGUCGCCACGAGCUUCCGAAAGGACCACUGCACGCCACGAGGCGCUCGGGAAGCGAUCUGGGGGCAUCAAUAAGGCCGCGGUUUCCAGGAGCGGCAGGAUGGCGCAGCCAGUUGGCCGACUUCGACUGA